AUGUCCGAAUCCUUAUUACAAUAUGGUAAUCGUAUUAAUAUUUAUAAAAAUGUAUGUCAAAUAAUAAUAAGUCAAUUAAAUAUAACAUUUGAUCAAUUAUGUCAAUUUCAUUAUUAUCAUCAUUAUCAUCAUAAUAAUAAACAAUAUGAAAUAGUCAGUAACAAUUUAUUUGUUAAUAUGAAUACUUCUAAUAUUAUAAAUGAUCAUUCGAAUACAAGUAAUGAAAUACAAAUACAGAAUAAAAUGAAUUAUAUAAGAUCUAUUCAAUCUAAUUUAUAUACUAUACAAAUGAAUAUACAAAAAUUAUCUGGAUGGUAUUUAUUAAUUUAUCGUCUUUUAACUAAUAUACCAGCUAUGUUAAUAUGUUUUAUUUAUGGUUUAUUAUUAAAUAGAAUAAGUCAAAAUUAUAUUAUGAUUAUACCAUGUUUAGGAUGUAUUCUAUCAUGUAUAUUAUUUAUAAUUAAUUUAUUACCAAAUUUAAAAUUAAUAACAAAUUCAAUGAUAUUUAUUUUAAUUGGUGGUACACUAUAUGGAUUAUGUGGUAAAAGUAAUGCAAUAAAUUUAUGUGUUCAUAGUUAUAUAACACAAUAUAGUAAUAAAAAAAAAUGUACAAAUAUAAUUGGACGUUUAUUAGGUGUAAAUUUUUUUGGUUUAGCAAUUGGUGCAUUAUUAGUUGGUAUGUUUUAUCGAUUUUUAAAUUAUUUUGAAAUGAUUAUAUUUGUCAUGAUUGGUAAUUUAUUCAUAAUAAUCAUUUUAUUAUUUUUGGUAAAAAAUUCUAAAAAAUCUUUGUUGAAUUCUUCUUCUUCAUCAUCAUCAUCAUCACCAUCAACAAUAACACAUUCAGUAGAAAUAGUGGUUAAUCAAUCUGAUGAACAACAUGUCGAACAGAGGGAUUUGAAUGAUAACCUUACUGCUAAUACUAAUAAUAAUAAUAAUAAUAAUAACAAUAAUAAUACCAGCCAUACGAACUCAUAUACACACGAAGAACAUAAAACAUAUUGUCAAGAUAUAAUUUCUUACUUAUUAAAACCUUUAUUUAUAUUAAAAUCUUCUUAUAAAUUUCUAUUUCCUAAACGUACUACUACUACUGAUAAUAAUAAUAAUAAUAAUAAUAAUAAUAAUAAUAAUAAGCAUAUUUACUUAUUAACCUUAUUAAGUACAAUAUUAUUAAAACAAAUAACUAAAUCUGGUGAACAAGAUGUAACAUUAUUAUAUUUAAUGAAUCAAUCAAAUUUAUUAUGGAAUACUGAAUUAUAUGCAUAUUACAUAACAUGUUAUUAUAGUUUAAUGUUUAUACAAUUAAUUAUAUUAUUACCAAUUAUAGAGAAUAAAUUUCUUAUACGUGAUACAACAUUAAUUAUUAUUGGUCUAUUUACUGAAAUGAUACGUUUAUUAAUUUUAAGUUUAUUACAUCAUAAAAUAUUGAUCUUUUUAAGUGCUAUAAUUGGUUCACCAGCAUGUUAUAUAACAACUUGUACAAAAUCAUUAAUAAGUAAAUUAGUAAUAUAUAAUGAUGAAUUAAAUAUAAGUUUGACAAUUAUAUCUAUAAUAGAAAUUAUAGCUAAUUUUAUUGGUGGAUUCUUAUUUAUAUUUAUAUAUAAUAAAACUUUAUUAUAUUAUUCAUCAUUUAUAUUUAUAUUUGAUGUGAUAUUAAAUAUACCAGUUAUUAUUAUAUUUAUAUGGUUAAGAUAUAAAUUAAUUGAAUAUGAAUUAAAUAGAAAUUAA